AUGGCUACGGACGAUAGAUUCCAGCGACGGACGACGCCGAGCGGUGGCGUGCACCAGAGCGACCCCACGGCGUGGUGCGCGUGGGCGCACCGUGGUCACCGCCUGUGGGCGGCCAUGCCGGCGGCGUUCUGGCUGUACGUCUACAAGGUGCAGCGGUGCCCGGAGAUGAGCAGCCAUGACUGGAAGGCGUGCCCGUACGCGCACAUCGGGGAGCGCGCCCGGCGCCGCGACCCGCGCCGGUUCCCGUACCUCGCCGCCCCCUGCGCGGAGUACCUCGCGUCGCGGCGGCAGCACCUCCUGGCCCGGACGGGGGCCGCGCCCAGCUGCGCGCGCGGGCUCUGGUGUCGCCAGGCGCACGGCUCCUUCGAGCUGUGGCUGCAUCCAUCGCGGUUCCGCACCCGCAUGUGCGAGCGCGGGGUGGGGUGCCCGCGGUCGAUCUGCUUCUUCGCGCACUUCCCCGCCGAGCUCAGGGGAGGAGGUGAGGACGACCCCGUGCCGCUCGUCGGCCUUCCGCCGACACCGCCCCGUACCCUGAGCGCCCCGGCACCCCUCUCAUUCCUUAGUCGGGAUGAUCUGAUCAUGCAGGCCAUGCCGGGCGAGCUCCGCCUGUACGACGGCGCUGGCGCUCCUCCGUCAUUUGCAUCCCCUGCCACCGUCGCUGUUGCCACGUCGGCGCGGGUGCCGGCGCUGCUGCAGGCCUCGCCGGACGACGGGGUUCUCGCCGGCAGGAGCGGCAGCUGCUCAUCUGAGGACGGCUCUGUGACAGACGACUACGCGCAUCUCGAUCUUAUCAUGGACAUGGUUAAUCACUUAGAAAUAAGCUAG